UACUGAGAUCCAAAGGAAAUCAUUUGAAUUGGCUACUGGAUGCUCUACCUCAGCUUCUGUUCUGUAGCACUUGGAAAGAUGGAGUCUACGAUGCUGAAUUUGCGGAAUCUGUUUGAGCAGCUUGUGCGCCGGGUGGAGAUUCUCAGUGAAGGAAAUGAACUCCAAUUCAUCCAGCUGGCAAAGGACUUUGAGGAUUUUCGUAAAAAGUGGCAGAGAACAGACCAUGAACUGGGGAGAUACAAGGAUCUUUUGAUGAAAGCUGAGACUGAGCGUAGUGCUCUGGAUGUUAAGCUGAAGCAUGCACGCAAUCAGGUGGAUGUAGAGAUCAAACGGAGACAGCGAGCUGAGGCUGACUGCGAAAAGCUGGAACGACAGAUUCAGCUGAUUCGAGAGAUGCUCAUGUGUGACACAUCUGGCAGCAUUCAACUAAGUGAGGAGCAAAAAUCAGCUUUGGCUUUUCUCAACAGGGGCCAACCAUCCAGUGGCAAUGCUGGGAACAAAAGACUGUCGACCAUUGAUGAAUCUGGUUCCAUUUUAUCAGAUAUCAGCUUUGACAAGACUGAUGAAUCGCUGGAUUGGGAUUCUUCUUUGGUGAAGACUUUCAAACUGAAGAAGAGACAGAAGAGGCGCUCUAAUAGCCGACAGUUUACUGACGGUCCACCUGGACCUGUAAAGAAAACUCGUUCUAUUGGCUCUACGGUAGACCAGGGUAAUGAAUCCAUAGUUGCAAAAACUACAGUAACUGUUCCCAAUGAUGGUGGGCCCAUUGAAGCUGUAUCCACUAUUGAGACUGUGCCAUAUUGGACUAGGAGCCGAAGGAAAACAGGUGCUUUACAACCUUGGAACAGUGACUCCACCCUGAGCAGCAGGCAGCUGGAACCCAGAACUGAGACAGAUAGUUCUGGCACUCCACAGAAUAAUGGAGGGAUGCGCGUGCAUGACUUUGUCUCUAAGACGGUUAUUAAACCAGAAUCUUGUGUUCCAUGUGGAAAGCGGAUAAAAUUUGGCAAGCUGUCCCUAAAAUGUCGAGACUGUCGUGUGGUCUCUCAUCCAGAAUGUCGAGAGCGCUGUCCCCUUCCCUGCAUUCCUACCCUGAUAGGAACACCUGUCAAGAUCGGAGAGGGAAUGCUGGCAGAUUUUGUGUCUCAGACUUCUCCAAUGAUCCCUUCCAUUGUUGUCCACUGCGUAAAUGAGAUUGAGCAGAGAGGGCUGACUGAGACAGGCCUGUAUAGGAUCUCAGGCUGUGACCGGACGGUAAAAGAGCUGAAAGAGAAGUUCCUCCGAGUGAAAACUGUUCCCCUCCUCAGCAAAGUGGAUGACAUCCAUGCUAUCUGUAGCCUCUUGAAAGACUUCCUUCGAAACCUCAGAGAGCCUCUUCUGACUUUUCGGCUAAACAAGACCUUUAUGGAAGCAGCAGAAAUCACGGAUGAGGACAACAGUAUAGCUGCCAUGUAUCAGGCUGUAGGUGAACUGCCCCAAGCCAACAGGGAUACAUUAGCUUUCCUCAUGAUUCACUUGCAGAGAGUUGCUCAGAGCCCAGCCACUAAAAUGGAUGUUGCCAAUUUGGCAAAAGUCUUUGGCCCUACAAUAGUUGCCCAUGCUAUACCCAAUCCUGACCCAGUGAUAAUGUUACAGGACAUCAAGCGUCAACCCAAGGUGGUAGAGCGCCUGCUUUCACUGCCAUUGGAAUAUUGGAGUCAGUUCAUGAUGGUGGAACAGGAGAAUAUUGACCCAGUGCAUGUCAUUGAAAAUUCAAAUGCCUUUUCAACACCGCAGACACCAGAUAUUAAAGUGAGUUUGCUGGGGCCUGUGACCACUCCUGAGCAUCAGCUCCUCAAGACCCCUUCAUCCAGCUCCCUGUCACAGAGAGUCCGCUCCACCCUCUCCAAGAACACUCCCAGGUUUGGGAGCAAAAGCAAGUCUGCCACCAACCUAGGACGGCAAGGCAACUUCUUUGCUUCUCCAAUGCUCAAGUGAAGUCGUGUCUGCCUGCUACUUCCGCAGCAUUCCCGCCUGCAGGGGCGGCGCACCUGUACUCCGCUCUGCAGCCUCCUG